UCGGUGGAGAUCGCCGAGCCGUGGGGCAGCCGGGCUGUGCGGAGGCCGCGGCGCAGGGGCAAGCGGAGCCGGCGGCAGCGGCGCUCUGUCGCGAGACGCAGCGGCGAGGCGGACCGUCCUGCGGACUCACCCGCCAGGGGUCUCGCGCUGGAAUUUGAUAUUCAUUUAUCCGGGGUUUAUUCCCCUCCUUUUUUUCUUCAACAUUUUUUAAAAACUGUAUUGCUUCCCGUUUUAAUUUAUUUUUGCUUCCUAUUCCCCACUUAAAUCGGGCCGACCGUUUGGGGAAGAUUGCUCCUUUACUCCCCCAGAUCACUUUGGAUUUCGGAAACCAGCAGAGGGAGGCAAGAGGUAGCAAGAGCUCCAGAGAGAAGUCGAGGAAGAGAGAGAGACGGGGUCAGAGAGAGCGCACGGGAGAACGAGCAGCGAGAGGGACGGGGCAAAGUGAGUGACCUGCUUUUGGGGGUGACCGCCGGAGCGCAGCGUGAGCCCUCCCCCUCGGGAUCCCGCAAGCGACCAGCGGCGCUGACGGACAGACAGACAGACACCGCCCCCAGCCCCAGCGCCCACCUCCUCCCCGGCCGGCGGCCGACGGUGGACGCGGCAGCGAGCCGCGGGCAGGAGCCGGAGCCCGCGCCCGGAGGCGGCGUGGAGGGGGUCGGGGCUCGCGGCGUUGCACUGAAACUUUUCGUCCAACUUCUGGGCUGUUCUCGCUCCGGAGCAGACGUGGUCCGCGCCAGGGGAGCCGAGCUGAGCGGAGCGGAGAGAAGUGCUAGCUCGGGCCGGGAGGAACCGCAGUCGGAGGAGGGGGAGGAGGAAGAAGAGAAGGAAGAGGAGAGGGGCCCGCGGUGGCGACUCGGCGCUCGGAAGCCGGGCUCAUGGACCGGUGAGGCGGCGGUGUGCGCAGACAGUGCUCCAGCCGCGCGCGCGCCCCAGGCCCUGGCCCGGGCCUCGGCUCCCGGAGGAAGAGGAGCCCGCCAACGCGCUGAGGAGAGCGGGCCGUCCCGCAGCCCGAGCCGGAGAGGGAGCGCAAGCCGCGCCGGCCCGAGUCCGGCCUCCGAAACCAUGAACUUUUUCCUCUCUUGGGUGCAUUGGAGCCUUGCCUUGCUGCUCUACCUCCACCAUGCCAAGUGGUCCCAGGCUGCGCCCACGACAGAAGGAGAGCACACUACCCGUGACGUAGUGAAGUUCAUGGACGUCUACAAGCGCAGCUACUGCCAUCCGAUUGAGAUCCUGGUGGACAUCUACCAGGAGUACCCUGAAGAGAUCGAGUUCAUCUUCAAGCCGUCCUGUGUACCCGUGAUUCGAUGCGGGGGUUGCUGUAACGAUGAGGGCCUGGAGUGUGUGCCCACUGAGGAGUUCAACAUCACUAUGCAGAUUAUGCGAAUCAAACCUCACCAAGGCCAGCACAUAGGAGAGAUGAGCUUCCUACAGCACAACAAAUGUGAAUGCAGACCAAAGAAAGAUAGAGCAAAGCAAGAAAAAAAAUCAGUUCGAGGAAAGGGAAAGGGGCAAAAACGAAAGCGCAAGAAAUCCCGGUAUAAAUCCUGGAGCGUUCCCUGUGGGCCUUGCUCAGAGCGGAGAAAGCAUUUGUUUGUACAAGAUCCGCAGACGUGUAAAUGUUCCUGCAAAAACACAGACUCGCGUUGCAAGGCGAGGCAGCUUGAGUUAAACGAACGUACUUGCAGAUGUGACAAGCCGAGGCGGUGAGCCGUGCAGGAGAAAGGAGCCUCCCUCAGGGUUUCGGGAACCAGACCUCUCACCAGGAAAGACCGAUACAGAAUGACUGACACAGAAGCCACGCUGCCGCCACCACACCACCGUCACUAUCGACAGAACAGUCCUUAGACCAGAAACCUGAAAUGAAGGAAGAGGAGACUCUGCGCAGAGCACUUUGGGUCCGGAGGGCGAGACUCCGGCAGAAGCAUUCCCGGGCGGGUGACCAAGCACGGUCCCUCUUGGAAUUGGAUUCGCCAUUUUAUUUUUCUUGCUGCUAAAUCACCGAGCCCGGAAGAUUAGAGAGUUUUAUUUCUGGGAUUCCUGUAGACACACCCACCCACAUACAUACGUUUAUAUAUAUAUAUAAUAUAUAUAAAAAUAAAUAUAUAUAUUUUAUAUAUAUAAAAUAUAUAUAUUCUUUUUUUAAAUUAACAGUGCUAAUGUUAUUGGUGUCUUCACUGGAUGUAUUUGACUGCUGUGGACUUGAGUUUGAGGAGAAUGUCACCACCCAGAUCCUGACAGGGAAGAGGAUGGGAUGAAAGACUCUGGCAUAAAUUUUUUUGUCCCUUUUCGGGGGCCAGGGUCCUCUCCCCUGCCUGGGAAUGUGCAAGGCCAGGGCAUGGGGGCAAAUAUGACCCACCCUUGGGAACACCGACAAACCCAGCCCUGGCCCCAAGCCUUUACCCUGAGUCAAAUGGACAGAAAUAUGUAUGACAGGUACAGUGAAAAGGAUGCUGGCUCCAACUAGGAGUUUGUGGAGCUUCGGGACAUUGCUGUGCUUUGGGGAUCCUCUCCACGUGCUACAUGGGCAUCUUGCCCCCGGGGCACUGCCUGGAAGAUUCAGGAGCCUGGGCGGCCCUCCUCUGCUCUCACCCGCUUCCUAGUUGCCCAGGGGGCCACCGACAGAGGUCCCAGCCAAGAGAAGAGACAUUGGUGGAAGCAGCAGCCUGGAGACAGCUUCUCCUCCUGGGACCCACCCUGGUCCUCUUCCUGCCACCCCAUCCUGGGGUGCAGCCCAGGGGGACCUAAUGUCCUCAGACCAUUGAAACCACUAGUUCUGUCCCCCCAGGAGACCUGGCUGUGCGUGAGUGGUUAACCCUCCUCCACCCCCCGACCCUUUCCUUCCCGAGGCACAGAGAGACAGGGCAGGAUCCACGUGCCCACUGUGGAGGCAGAGAAAAGAGAAAAUGUUUUAUAUACGGUACUUAUUUAAUAUCCCUUUUUAAUUAGAAAUUAAAACAGUUAAUUUAAUUAAAGACUAGGUUUUUUUCAGUAUUCUUGGUUAAUAUUUAAUUUCAACUAUUUAUGAGAUGUAUCUCUUGUUCUCUCUUGCUCUAUCUUAUUUGUACUGGUUUUUAUGUAUAAAAUCCGUGGUUCCAAUCUCUUUUUCCCUGAUCGGUGACAGUCACUAGCUUGUCCUGAACAGAUAUUUAAUUUUGCUAACACUCAGCUCUGCCCUCCCCUUUACCUUGGCUCCCUACCACACAUUCCUUUGAAAUGAGGUUUCAAUAUACAUCUACAUACUAUAUAUAUAUUUGGCAACUUGUGUUUGUGUGUAUAUAUAUAUAUAUAUGUUUAUGUAUAUAUGUGAUUCUGAUAAAAUAGACAUUGCUAUUCUGUUUUUUAUAUGUAAAAACAAAACAAGAAAAAAUAGAGAAUUCUACAUACUAAAUCUCUCUCCUUUUUUAAUUUUAAUAUUUGUUAUCAUUUAUUUAUUGGUGCUACUGUUUAUCCGUAAUAAUUGUGGGGGGAAAAAGAUAUUAACAUCACGUCUUUGUCUCUAGUGCAGUUUUUCGAGAUAUUCCGUAGUACAUAUUUAUUUUUAAACAACGACAAAGAAAUACAGAUAUAUCUUAAAAAAGGCAUUUUGUAUUAAAGAAUUUAAUUCUGAUCUCAAA